AUGGGCUUGGAAAUGUUACAAUUACAAAGCCGAGUGCUGGAGAAAGUCAAUAUAAGUCGGCUGGAGGAGACCAACGCUAGACUAGGUGUUGGACUAGCCGCCUUGUUCAUGUAUAUGUUAAUUGGGGCUAUUGUCUUCUGUCGAAUUGAAGCGCCGGUCGAAAGAAUUGAAAAAGAGACAUAUCGAGAGUUCCGGCAGGAGUGGGAGGCUAUUCUCAAUGAACGUGGCAUCAGUUGUAAGUUGGUUUUUGUAAAGUUUUUUUUGAAACAUACAGUAAUAAUUUGUGUGUCUUAUCCUGUUUUAUAUUAUCUUAUACUAUCCUAUCUUAUCCAAGUAUUACGCUGUUCAAAUAAUUUUGUGCCUCUACUCAUGCAAAUUUUUGGCAUUAGAGGGCACAUAAUUAUUUGAACAAUCUAAUAACGUUUAUAAAAACCUGACUUUUAGCUCUAUAGUUAUAAGUUGUUGUAGUUCAAAGUUUAGGUAGGGUUCGUGAGUUAUUUAGAGUAAUAGUACGCGAGUAAUGUUAUUGACUAACCUUUUGGGAAUUGUCUUUGAAAAAAUGUGGAAAGACAAAAGUUUAUUGUUGUUUUUUUGAAAUUUUUGAAUUUUAAAGUUAGUUUUUAGUCAGAAGUAGGUCGGAUAAUAUAAUUUUGUUAUAGCUUGGUUGGGUGAGAAAGUAAAAGUACAGAAUAAUAGUACUUAUAUAGUACUAGAAAUCUAUGAUCAUAUGCUUACGUGGUAUUUACAAUGCAUAAAAAAUCUUAUAUUUUAGGUAAUAAAAUUUUUUUUUACCUUUUUUGUAUAGCGUUGUUGUAACGAAAUGAUAUUAGUACUGUGUUGUACUGAUAAAGUUUUAGCAUUUUAUAAACUAAAGUACUAAGAAGAUACACCUUUAGUGCUAUGCUAUUACACUAAAGGUGAUAUGUUGUAGCCAAAGCAGUAUUAAUAUAGCUAGACGCGAGGAACGGGCCCGGCCCGUUUUGACGUUAAAAAAAUUGGCCCGGCCCGUUUCUUAUGUCUAAAUACAGCCAUUUUGUAUCGAAAAGUGUUUACUAUAACACGCAUAGACCUAUCUUAUUUUAUCUUAUCUUACCUUAUUAUAUUCUAAGAUCAUAAAACGAUUGUCAUUUUUUACAAGCAGUACCGUUUUUUUGGUACUCUAAACAUAGUACUAUCAGAAACUCUUCAGAAUGAUGUGUAGUUCCUGUUUUUACUUUCUCACCCACGCCGUAGUUAUUUUGUUGUUUUAGCUUGUGUAGACGUCUUUGGAUUCUCACGUAGCUUCCAAGUUCUGCUUUUGGCGGUCAGAAUUAUUUAAAUAUGCACAUACUUUCAUAUUCUACUACAAUAUGUUCUUUGUUCUCCUACUGGGGGUUCUUCUAUACAUCUGAUCUCUUAUUUUUUCAAACUUUUUUACGAGAUUAAGUCAAUGUCACUACCUAGAUGACUAUUAUAACAUAACCUGCUACUGACAUGUCUCAAACUUGUGUUUCCAGCUUCUGACGUGGACCGUUUGUUUGCCAACAUCAGAGACGCUGCUCUGAAUGGAGUGUGGGAAGAGAAGAACCAGACUUCUGAAUACAAUUGGACCUUCGGCUCAGCGUUCUUCUUCGCCGGCACGUUACUGACCACAGUAGGCUACGGUCAUGUAGCACCACACACUCAUCAUGGCAAGUUGUUCACCAUCAUCUACUGUAUGAUUGGCAUACCACUGACUUUGUCAUUGUUAUCAGCAUUGGCAGUCAGGUUACGGUGGCCAAGUCAAUGGAUUAGGACAAAGAUGAAUAUUAAGUUAGGGGGGAUGUUCCACAACAAACAUCUACAGGUAGGUUUUGGAUUACAUUACAGAUUGUUUUUCUCUUUAUCCUAUCCUACCAUACCCUAUCUUGCCUUACCUUUUAGUAUAUUAAUAUAUGUUAUACUAUAACGUACUAUAAAUAAUGUCACUUCAGCUCAUUCAUCUCGGCUUCGUAUCGGCCGCUGUCCUAAUAGUGGCCUUUAUUGUCCCAUCAUGGAUAUUUAUGUCGCUCGAAGAUGACUGGACGUUUAUUGAUGCCUUUUACUAUUGCUUCGUAUCUUUGACAACUAUUGGAUUGGGGGAUUAUAUACCGGGAGACAAGCCUGAUCAACCUCUGAGAUUUGUUUACAAGGUCUUUAUUACUGGUAAGUUACUAUAAUAUUUUUGUUAGGAGAAGAGGGGGAGGGGGGUCAUUGCAGUAAAACGGAGGGGUAGGAGGGAGGAAAGAUACGUAUAUUUAUGUAGGUAUUUUCAACAUUGUGAAAAGUAUCUUUAAAAAGUGGUAAAAUUUGAGAAGUCAGCCCCCUAGGGGUCAGCAAUAAUUAAUACAUUGAACUAUAUAUAUUAUCGUCUAUAUUAUUUUUGUUUAAAUGUAUUAAUAGAUGCAAUAAACAAAUAAAUAAAUAAAUAAAUAAAUAAAAUACGAAAUAUUCAACGUGCAGCCUGCGCUGUCAAUUUUAUACGAUGAAAUGUGCACUUUUUUGUAAAACAUUUAAAAAUAACGAAUAAAAUUAAAAUUUAAAAAAAUUUUGAUUUUUUAAAACACAAGAACAUACCUUUCAUACUACUAUAACCUCAACAUUACAGUAUACCUUGUGCUCGGCCUCUGCUGUAUGAUGCUCUUCUUAACCACUCUAUACGAUGUACCUCAGUUUAACAUAGUAAAGUAUUUUGUGACCAAAUCCGAUAGCGACGACGACAACGAAGUGAAGCCGAUUCACAUGAACAACGGUAAUACGAAGUACAAAAGAUACGACGAUGUGGAGACGCCGAACCACAUAGUCAACCCUUUUGCCGAAAUCAACGGUUACUACCAGUCAUAG